AUGGCUGUAAAUAAUUCGUUGAAUCUUAGAAGUCCAGCCGUAAAACGCCUUCUUCAAGAAGCCCGUGAAUUACAGCAAGACCAAUCGAUAGACUAUGUAGCGAGUCCCUUAGAGGAUAACAUCUUUGAAUGGCAUUUUGUAAUUCGUGGUCCUGACAAUACUGAAUUCGAAGGUGGGCGGUAUCAUGGACGCAUCAUAUUUCCUUCGGAAUAUCCAUUUAAACCGCCAAAUUUGAUGCUUCUGACACCAAAUGGCCGAUUUGAAUUAAACAAAAAAAUCUGCUUAAGUAUUACUGGGUAUCACCCGGAAUACUGGCUUCCAGCUUGGGGAGUUCGUACUGUUCUUUUAGGAUUAAUUGGAUUUAUGACUACAAAAGCUAAUGGCGCAAUUGGAGGAAUCGAUUACACUGAAUCAGAAAGAAAAAAUUUAGCAGUAAAGUCACGAGAUUGGAUCUGUUCCUCCUGUGGUGUUUCUAAUAUCUGUUCAUUACCUGACAAACGAGAUGAUGUAAAACAAGAAAAUGAUAAUUCUACAAAGUCAUCACCAUCUAAAGAGACAGCAACGGAUGCUGCUACUGCUAAUACUGCAAGCAUUGGCACUAGCAUUCCACAAUUUUCAUUUAAAUAUGAAGACAAAAAUGAAAAUAAUGACACCGAAAAUAUUAAUUCAAUAAGAGAUACAAACUUAACAACUAAAAUAACAUCAUCAGGUUUUGGUAUUGGAAACGACGAUACAAAAGCCGGAGUAAUCGAUGAAACUGCAAAUAUCGCAAUUACCGCCGCCUCAUCCUCUUCCUCCACAAUAAUACAAAAAUCCCCAAAUCAUUUACAAUCUACACCGCUGCCAAUACCACCACCUACACCAGCACAACAACCCCUGCAACCUCGUCGUCCUACAUAUUCAUCGCCUCUAUCAUUAUUCUUUCUCGAUUCUUUAAUAAUGACUCUAAUAUGCGUGGUGAUUGGUUUAGUUGCUAAAAAAAUUAGCUCUUAA